ACGAUGGGCUUCUGGACACUGUUAAAAGGUCUGCUGCUCUUUGCAAAUGCACUGGCGAUCCUCAACGAAGACCGUUUCCUUGUUCCAAGAGGAUGGACGCUAGUAGACCUCCACCAUACCGGUAGAAGAAACUCUCCCAAAGGCCAAAUCAUCGGUCUUAUCCAUGCCUGCCAGUACAUGAGACUCCCACUCAUGCUCAUUAACACAGCAGUCAUCGUAAUGAAGCUCAUCUUCAGUUGAAGAACUUUUUGUAGAUGAAGAUAAAACUAUAUUGUGUUCUUUUAACUCAUCGUGAUUAGUUACAAAUCUAUUAUUGAAUAUGUAGGAAGUGGAAUUUGUUUA